AUGGCUCUUCCAAGGCAUAGUGGUCUGUGUAAUAUGCGGGAGCGCAUAAGGACGCUGAUAUCUAACGCACCAACUCUAAUGAUGAUGUUGGACCACGCAGCAUGGGGCGCUAGACUCUUAUUUUUCGUGUCAUAUUUUUAUAGUCUUAUUUUAUUCUUUUUUGCAGUGCCACCGAUACCUCCAAUGGUUGCGAUGCAAAAUUUGUAUCCGACAGACAGUCCUAACCAUCCCGUUUCAAGUGCAAGUCCGAGAAGGGGCUCUCGCUCACGUUCGAGUUCAAGCUCGAGUUCCAGCUCGAGUUCAAGCUCAUCGAGCUCGAGUUCAAACUCGAGUUCAAGUGUAAAGUCGAAGAAACGAGGAUCCAGUAGCACGUUUUGGCCUGAAAAAUCGUUGGUCCGUGCGAGUUUGCCUAAACUAGAGCAAAUGAGCAUCGGCAACAGCAACAGCAACAGCAACAGCAACAGUAACAGUAACAGCAACAGGAACAGCAACAGUAACGACAGUGGCAGAAAAAGGAAAGCGGAGGUUAAAGCAGAAGGUCAAAUAAAAAAGCCUUGUGAUGAGAUGAAAAAAUCAGAAAAGCCUUCAACGCAUUCUAAUACGGAAGUCAAGAAAGACGUUAGAGUUCCUCUUUCGGUUUCCUCGCUGUUCAACGCAGAUGUAAAAGCGCCUCUUCAUGAUAAUAAGGAUCAUGCCCAUUCGUCAAAGCGAGGCUUGCUGAGGCUGGAUCGCAGCAAGGGGAAGGAAAAUGCACCUGCUCCACCGAAGGCAGCAGCAACGGCAUCUCGAGGGAAAGUAGCACCGUCAUCAUUGCACAAAACAGAGGCAGGUCCAUCCCAACCCAAAAUCCCGCCACGCAUAAUAGACGACAUCACGUUCCUCGAUUAG